AUGGGGUCGAUGGGGAGGGGGAAGCCGUCGGGAUCCAGAGGCGGGUCUAACGGCCAGUCGCUGAACCCCGUUUCGCGCCUCCCUUCUCUGCCUUCUCUCCCUUCUCUGCUGUCUCUCCCCUCCCUGCCUUCCCUGCCGCUGUCUCUGUCUCGGCCGCUUUCUCUUGCGUCUCUCCCGUCCCUUCCUUCCCACUCCUCCCUGCCCUCCCUCCACUCCCUGAGGUCCCUCCCUUCCAUCCCUUCUCUUCCCUCCCUUCCCUCUCUCCAGUCCUCUCCUGCUCUCUCUCUCCUCCCUCCCUCCUCUCCUCUCUCGCUCUCUCCUCUCCCUCCUUCCACGAUCCACGUCCUCCCAACAUACUCUCCCUUUCCCUCUCUCUCUCCCUCUCCCACCCACUCGAACCCUCCCUCGCUUCUCUCCCUCCUAUCCCCCCUCUCUCCUCCCUGCUCCCCCUACCAAUCCCGCCCUCCUCACUGUCCUCCUCCCCUUCCACACUGCUCAUCCGCCCCCUCCCCUUCUCCACAGCCCGUCUACUCCCUUCCCUCCUCUCACUGCCCUCCCUCCUCUCACUCCCUUCCCUCCUCUCACUGCCCUCCCUCCUCUCACUGCCCUCCCUCCUCUCACUGCCCUCCCUCCUCUCACUCCUGCCCGCCUAUCAACACUCUCUGCUCUCUUCCUCUCCUCUCGCUUCCCCUCCUCCCCCUUGUCUCGCUUGCUCUCCUCUCCCUUGCUUCUCCUGCUCUCAUCUCCCUUCUCCCUUUGCCCUCCUCUCCCUUCUCCCUCCUCCCCUCCUCUCCCUUCUCCCUCCUCCCCUCCUCUCCCUUCUCCCUCCUCCCAACUUCUCCCUUUUCCCUCCUCCCCUCCUCUCCCUUUUCCCUCCUCUCUUCCUCUCCCUUCUCCCGCCCCACAUCAAAAGACGAGCUCGAGUUCUUUCUGUGA